AUGUCUAUCGCCAAACGGGACGCCAUCCCGCUAUCCGCCGCCAACGUCAUAGCCGUUAUAUUGCCAACGGGACGCCAUCCCGCUAUUUGCCGCCACGUCGUAACCGUUACGUCGCCAAACGGGAAGCCAUCCCACUAUUUGCCGCCAACGUCGGUGGUCAUACCACAAGAGAUUGUCGCCGACGGAAAACCUGCAGAUCGAACGGAUGUCAAAGACUCGGAGCAAAGGGUCAUCAAGCUACAGUGGCUGGGUGGAAGAGCUGCUACUGAUAAUGCAACUAUCGUCGACAUCGAGAUUAGUGGUUCCAGUUCAGGCCAGAAAUAUAAGUUGCAUCAUGUUUACGGCAUCCAGAAUUUACAACUUCCGAUACAAAGUUUGCAGAAAGCUGACGUAGAUGAAGCUCGUUUGAAAAGAUUGUCGAUUCAAACGUACGACAACGCCGUUCCCAAGUUGCUUAUUGGAUUAGACCACAGCCACUUGGGAAUUCCUAGUGAGAUCGAAACCCUACGAUAUAAGGGUCCUUAUGCCGCACAUACUAAGUUAGGUUGGGUCGUCUUCGGGCCGACUGAUAACUUCAGUCAAGCGAAGACGUCGUGUUUGCAUAUGUCCGUCUCGGAAGAUAAAUAUCUGCAUGAUAUGGUGGCCGAUUACUUUAGUAUCGAGAGCUUCGGUGUACGUCCAGCACCACUCGUCGAGCCUGAUGAUGAUAAAAGAGCGCGCCAGAUACUCGAGUCCACGGUCACGAAGAUUAACGGACGUUUCCAAGCCGGUCUCCUGUGGAAACGAGAUAAUGUUCAGCUCCCCGACAGCUACUCCAUGGCCGAGAGAAGACUGGUCGGAAUCGAGCGUAAGAUGAGACGAGACGAAACAUUUGCCCGAGAGUAUCGUGCUAUCAUUCGGGAUUACGUAAAUAAAAACUAUGCCAGAAAAUUGCGCCCAGAAGAAGUUACAAUUACAUGUCCAAGAACGUGGUACCUUCCACACUUCGGUGUGAUGAAUGUCCAUAAGCCCGGUAAACUGCGCCUAGUGUUUGAUGCCGCCGCCGUUGUCAACGGUUGUUCACUAAACAGUUACCUGCUAAAGGGUCCUCAACAAUAUCAACCAAUGCCGACAGUACUUUUUAAUUUUCGGGUUGGCGCAAUUGCCAUCGCCGCCGAUAUUAAAGAGAUGUUUCACCAAAUUUCUAUAAGAGAAGAAGAUAGAAGUGCCCAAAGGUUUCUUUGGAGGGACGGUAACGACAAAACUCGUCCAGACGUAUACGAAAUGCUGGUAAUGACAUUUGGAGCCGCAUGCUCGCCUUGCACGGCCCAUUAUGUUAAAAAUAUUAACGCACUUGAGCACCGCGAAAGCUGUCCAAGAGCCUACGACUCUAUCACAAAGCAUCACUAUGUUGAUGACUUCGUGGAUAGUUUCGGCAACGUUAAAGAAGCCAUUAAAGUAGCCAAUGAAGUCAGACGUAUUCACAAGAAUGCCGGGUUUGAACUACGCAAUCGUGUCGCAGAAAUUCUCGCCGCUACCGACGCUAACGACUGGCGUUGGAUACCGUCAGAGGAGAACGUUGCUGAUGAGGCAACAAGACCAAGUACAACAUUCGAUAGUCAUUCAACUUCACGAUGGCUAAAUGGACCGUCAUUUUUAACGGAAGAAGAAGUAGCCUGGCCUACGUCUGAAAGAAUCCCUGAUCUGUUAGAAGAGCUAAAGCGAACGGUCGCUUGGGUCAUCCGAUUUAUAGAUUUGUGUCGUCACAAAAAAGUGGAAGGGUGCCUGAACGCCGAGGAAUUAAAAGUAGCCGAAAUUUUCCUAUGCCGCCUUGCCCAAUAUGCCUCGUACUCACUUGAGAUUAAUCAAUUGAAAGAAGGCGGAAAUGUAGAGAAGGGGUCUGAGUUAUACACACUCUCCCCGUUUAUCGACACGGAAGGUGUUAUGCGUGUUAGCGGACGUAUAGAUGCUGCCAGCUGGCUUCCGUAUGAUACCACGCGACCUAUCAUCCUAGCGCCAAACCAUGAUCUCACACGCUUGAUAUUACUGGAUUGUCAUAAUCGGAUGAAACAUCAGAACGUGGAGGCGACGAUUUGUGAGGUUCGGCAAAGAUACUGGGUGCCGAACAUAAGACGUACUAUGAAGAAGAUCAUAUCGACAUGUCUUAUUUGUAAAAUUUCAAGGUGCACACCCUCACAGCCUAUGAUGGGUCAAUUGCCAAAAGAUCGACUAACGCCAUUCGUGAGGCCAUUUUCUUACACAGGUAUUGAUUACUUUGGUCCUCUCAACGUAACAGUUGGUCGGCGUAAGGAGAAAAGAUGGGUGGCGUUGUUCACCUGCCUAACAACCCGAGCGAUUCACCUGGAAGUUGCUGCCGAUCUUUCGACAGAUGCAUGCAUUCUUGCAAUUCGAAACUUUAUCAAUCGUCGCGGUAUGCCAGUAAGGAUUCGUAGCGACAACGGUAAGAAUUUCGUAGGAGCCAAUAAUGAAGGAAAACGAUUUCCCGAGGUGUUUGAUUGUCAUCGUAUUCAGGACGAUCUUGCUGUGAAAGGAGUUGAAUGGAUAUUCAAUUGUCCGAACAAUCCUGCAGAAGGUGGCAUAUGGGAGCGUAUGGUAAGGUGCGUAAAGCGUGUUCUCAAUGUAACUUUAAAGGAAGUUGCCCCUCGCGAGCACACGCUGCAGAGUUUGUUAAUUGAAGCCGAGAACAUCGUCAACUCCAGACCACUCACACAUCUGCCGCUAUCAUCAGAUCAGGAUGAACCGCUCACUCCGAAUCAUUUCUUGCUUGGUGCUGCCAAUACUUCACAAACGCCAGCCGCCAAUGAUAUCGUCACGAAACCCUGCGCACUUGGUAAACAGUGGCGCAUCGCCCGACAGUUAAGAGACACCUUCUGGAGACGAUGA